AGAGCAAGGGAAAGAAACUUCCCACACCUUCGGGGCUGGAACCCUUUUCCUCUGCAUCUCCAGUCUCUGAGUGAAGAUGGGGGGCCUGACAGCCUCGGACGUGCACCCGACCCUGGGGAUCCAGCUCUUCUCAGCUGGAAUAGCGGCGUGCUUAGCGGACGUGAUCACCUUCCCGCUGGACACGGCCAAAGUCCGGCUCCAGAUCCAAGGCGAACGCCCGAUGUCCAGUGCUAUUAGGUAUAAAGGUGUCCUGGGAACAAUCACCACUCUGGUCAAAACAGAAGGGCGGAUGAAACUCUACAGCGGGCUGCCUGCGGGGCUUCAGAGACAGAUCAGCUCCACCUCUCUCAGGAUCGGCCUCUAUGACACGGUCCAGGAGUUCCUCGCCGCAGGCAAAGAAACAACACCUAGUUUAGGAAGCAAGAUCUUAGCUGGUCUAAUGACUGGAGGAGUGGCAGUAUUCAUCGGACAACCCACAGAGGUUGUGAAAGUCAGACUUCAAGCGCAGAGCCAUCUCCACGGUAUCAAACCUCGCUACACGGGGACUUAUAACGCGUACAGAAUAGUAGCAACAACGGAAGGCUUGACGGGUCUUUGGAAAGGGACUACCCCCAAUCUGAUGAGAAGUGUCAUCAUCAAUUGUACAGAGCUGGUAACAUAUGAUCUAAUGAAGGAGGCCUUUGUGAAAAACAACAUAUUAGCAGAUGACGUCCCCUGCCACUUGGUGUCGGCUCUUAUUGCUGGAUUUUGCGCAACAGCUAUGUCCUCCCCGGUGGAUGUAGUAAAAACCAGAUUUAUUAAUUCUCCACCAGGACAGUAUAGAAGUGUGCCCAACUGUGCAAUGAAAAUGUUCACUAAUGAAGGACCAACGGCUUUUUUCAAGGGGUUGGUACCUUCCUUCUUGCGACUCGGAUCCUGGAACGUCAUUAUGUUUGUGUGCUUUGAACAACUGAAACGAGAACUGUCAAAGUCAAGGCAGACUAUGGACUGUGCCACAUAAUCAGCUUCAAGAAAAUGAUGUGACAUACCAGUGGGAAUCUUGCUGACUGGAUCAUAAAAACAAACAAAACUUGUUCACUUAUUUUAACCUAAAAUGAUAAAGGAAUUUUGGUAGAGGAUUUUGGACUUUUCUAUAUAAAAAAGAGGAAAACUAAUGCCUAUUUCAUGUAACUUUUUUUUCUCAG